AUGAGAGCCAAGUUGUCAGGCUGGAAAGCUAAUCGUGUUUGUGAUGCGUUUAGCUUUGUAGAAGAAGGAACAACAUGGGUGAUUGAUAAUGGUAAAUUAGUACGCUUCUGGGAGGAUGUCUGGCUCGAAGGAAAAAAUAAGUUAUCAAGCUAUGCUGUCAGAUCAAUCCCGGAUGGCGACCGUGAGUUAACAGUGUUGGAGUACAUACUUGAUGAUGGAACCUGGGACAUAGCCAAAUUCAACCACCUUCUUCCCCGCGAUCUAGUGGCGAACAUUAGAAGCAUGCCCCCACCAUUGGAAGCGCUGGGACCUGAUCAACCGAGAUGGCUCUUUGAGAAGACAGAUUCAAACAACAACCGAUCACAAUUAGUUCGAGCAAGCAACUUCAACACCGCCGUCAAUAUCUCCGUCAAUCUCUUCGGCAAGGGAGGUGCAUUUGCAGGAAGAAAGAGGGUUGCAGUAGACAUGGAUCCCAGGAUUCAGCAUCUUUUGUCCAGGGUUCGGGAACUUAAGCUUCAUCUGGAAGAAACCACAGAUCAGCCCGAGCAGAUGGUUUCGGAGGCUGCAUCCAGAAGCGAUGGCACACUGGACCUGGACAGAGAAGUGCAACUCCUACUCGAGCGACAGAAGCAGAAAUUGGAGACAAACAUUAGGAAGAAGCUCGUUGAAAUGGAGACUGAUUUGCACGAAGGAAAGGCUAAAGUAGAGAGACGGAGAGCUGCUCUACAUGUAUUGGAAGUGGAGAAUUCCACUCUUAAGCAGGACAUGGUUGCUGCCGAAGCCCAAAUAGCUGGGACAGCAGCUGCUUCAGAGGAGUUAUUUAGAAGGCAGAAGGAGCAUCUGAUGAAGCUCAAGUCCCUGGAGACACAGAAGUCGAUACUUGUAGAGACACUAGCUGCUGAAAAGGGCAAGUUCGAUCACUGGAAAAAGAAAGUAGAGCGGGCUGAAGAACAACAACAUCAACGGCAGGCUAGGUUAAAUUUUGUUGUGGAGAAAGAACUGGAUGAGAUAUUGCUGAAAGUCACCCAUCUAAGGGGUAUGAGAGAAGGCAUUGAAACCGCAGGAAAUGUGGAGAUGGACCAGAUCAAAGUAAAGGCAGAGAAGGAGAUAAAGGACAAGGAGGAAAUUAAACUCCUAAAGAAUAAAAUUGCGGCACGUAGGCUGCAAAUUUAUUUUGCUAAGGCUGCUGAACUUCAAGGAGGGGCAGAAGCUGCCUUUUUGCCGCGGGAGAGAGAGUGCAUAAUGUGCCUCUCAGAGGAAACAUUUAUUGUAUUCCUCCCAUGUGCUCACCAGUUACUUUGUUCAGCCUGCAAUGAUCUCCAUGAGCGGCAUGAAUGUAAGAAUUGCCCCUCGUGCAAUACCGGAAUCCAGCAGCGUAUGCGAGUGCGCUAUGCGCGUGCUUGA